UUUUUUUAAAAUAUGAAUAAACCGAAUGGAAAGACAGUUCUGACCUCACAAGACAAGACCAUCUUCGUCUCCCCAGUGGCGUGACUACUCCAACCUCGACGGCGCCGGCACCAGUCCACUUAACUCUGGAUCUCCCUCUCCUCUUGUGUUCGUUGCCAUCACCCAAGUUCCCAUAGCAUUGGUUACCAAACAUCGUGUUACAACCUUCUCUUACCAAAAAACUGUCAAAGACUUGAAGCUCCCUCCUCCAUUCAGGUUGCAAUUUACACACCAUACGUAAUCGUGAAGUUUACCUGAAAAGCAAUCAUGGAUGUUGAUUCACAGCAAACUAUGGAGGAGACUAUCUUGGUUGGUGAUGAUCUGAUGUCGGGCCCACCCUCACCUGUCAUUCCACCGGAGAUUGCUUCUCAUGUCCUUGAAGGUGUUGAAUUGUGUGACGGGUUAUUGAGAAAUCUAUUCUUGUGUCUGCAAAUCAACGACAUUGAGCCAUUUUGUCAGGACGAGAUUGCAUUGUAUCGAGAGUGUGCUGAAAAUAGGGAUAAAGAAUUGAGGAAACGACUUGGGGAAAGUGAGCACAAGUUGGGUUCAUCAAUGCCUUUGGAUCGAGCAAAUGAAAGGAGUGCUCAGCUUGAAUCAGAGAUCACAUCAUUAGAGAGGCACAUGAUUCUUGCAAGUGGAGCUGAAGGCAUGGAAGGUUUUCGCCAGAGAUGGAGUUUGCACGGCCGUCUUAUGGAUACCAAGAAGAGAUUGGAAUGUUUAAGGAAUGGAAUGGAGAGUAGGAAAGAAGAGAAGCCAAUUACUGUGAAUUCGAGCACCAAACGAAGAUGGUUCUUUUGGUGAUGAUUGAUGCAAAUUACUAUAUAACUAUGGAUAUGGAUAUGAAUAUGGUGGGCUUAAUUCAUUAGGAUAUAUACUCGAUCGAACAAUAUAUAUUUUUUUUUUCUAUUUUUAAUGUGUGUAUUCUUAACAUUAUAUAGUAAAAACCCUUUUUUCUUUUAACUAUAAACAAAUGAUUAGUUGAUUGGGAGCUUUUCUUCAUAGCCAUAUUUUUGGUCUACAA